CCUCAGUGGGCCGAAUCAAAGACAUGGUGGAAAGGAGAGAGGAUGGAAGAGAUUUCAAGAUGAUAUAAUGUCAGGGAAUUAUAUUCUCAAAUUAUAUUUAAUAAUCCGCAAUUAGUUUAUUAAUUAUAAUUUUUGUGUAAUGUUGCCAUAUCUGUAAAAAGAUUAAAUCAGCGAUAUUACACUAAUAUUAUCACAGUUUCACUUGGCAUAUUAUGCGCGAACUAACUAACAAAACUGAAAUGUAGAAUCAAGCCAGCAAACUUCUUUGGGAAAUACUGAAAGUUUUCGCGUAAAAUUUGCCUUGUUAGAGGUGCCUCCCCGAGCAUGUAACUCAUUAAGAGGCGUCUUCACAAGACUUCUGCUUCCUGUAAGCACUAGUGGCGCUUUAUCGCCGACCAGCAGAAGCGGAACGCUUGUUCGCGCGCUGUGCGAUUUUAUUCUACUAUUUAUUUUGCCAUGGUUUUUUCCCUUUACUUGUGGUUUAUGGAUGUGCGUAGUGUUGCGAAUGCUGUAGCCUAGUUUACGUUAUCAUUGUCUAACAAAGAGCACAAUGCCAUCGCCUUUUCAUAAAGAAAUUUGCAUCUUAAUGGUAAUAUAUUUAAAUAUACCGUUUUAAUAGGCUGUAUAUACCAUUUUGAAAUAUUUAAUCUGAAAUGAAGACAUCCCACCAAAGAAGCGGUCUGGCGCUGUUUGCGUUUAGUUUGAUAGAAUUCUGCACAUUUUUCACCCACGCUGAGAUACAGCAGGUGCAAGGCAUUGUGGGAGGGGCUUUCACUUUUCCUGCCCCAGUUAUAUCUGUUGGUACCCUGUCGUAUGGGAAUAUCGGCAAUGUGGCCAUAGUGGUGCCAGGGAGCAGUAAAACAGACCUAACUGAGGAAUUCAGAGGCAGACUGUGGUGGGACAGUAAGACGGGACUCUUCACCAUCACCGACCUGCAGAUCCAGGACUCUGGCCAGUAUAAGGUGGAUAGCAGUGAUGGAGGGAAGAAAGUUACAGAAUAUCAGCUGACUGUAUACAAUCGCGUGUCUAAACCCAGGGUUUCAGCCAGUGGAAGCUGCUGGGUUCUGUGUUCUGUGGAGAACGGGAGAGACGUCACCCUGUCCUGGUACAGAGGGACCGAGACACUGAACCAAACCAGCAGCCCUGACCUCAGCACCAGCCUGUCUCUCCCCCUGGAGGUAGAACACAGAUACACCUAUUACUGUGAAGCAAAGAACCCAGCCAGCUCACAGAACCUCACACUGGAGAUACCAGCAAACUGCAGUGAUACCUCAGGUGAUAUUCCCUCUCCCAGGAGUUUUCUAAUCCCUGUGCUUGUGGUAUGUGGCCUUGUACUUCCCAUCGUCAUCGUCAUCAUCAUCGCCACCUGCCUGAAGAAGAGGAAGCGUGCGACAGCCUGUAUCAGAACUGGGUCCCAGUUCGACGCCGGUGAAGCUCACCACCGUGUACGAGGAGCUCCGGCCGACUUCGUGAAGGACGGGGGACGACAGAGGAGACGCUCAAAGUGGGCAGGGGCAGCGGGCAAGAGAAUGAUCAGAGCACCUGCCAAUACCAUGCAUACGCCAGGACGUGUCAGGUCUUAUUUGUGGGUGACAAAAAAAAUCCAGGCUGGCUCACUUGUUCCUACCAUCUUUCAGUUGGAAAGACACUGACACGCGAAGAUGUACAGGAUGAAUUACUGCAGUAAGGGGACUCAGAUCUGAAAGCGUCUUCAGACCAUGUGCGUUUCAGGGACGGGAGUCACCUAUAAUGCCAUGAGUCCAGCUGCCAGCUGCCCUGGCCGACUAAAGCUCUUCCCCGAUAGCCACCAUAAAACAGACGUGCCUUAUCAUGUUUGUUUUUGCAGCAAUGGCUGUAACGUCCAUCUGUGAUUGCGGUGUUCAUCUCAUGUUUUGGGCUCUGCGAUGAAUGUAGAAAAAGAGAAUUAGCUCACUGUAUGCAAACCAGUAACCUGUGACAUUCAAAUGCUGUAUCUAGCUGGCGGCUUCCUAUAAGGCCCUCCUGUGUUCCGAGUUUUGUCCUUUCAGAGAGUGUAUUUGUAUAAAUUGCGCCAUCUUGUGGGGACAAAGAAGAACCUCAGGAUUAAAGAUGACAGAUUCAGGUUUGA